AUGGAGGUAUGUAAUAAGCAGAUUCCAAAUUUCCUUUUUCUGUCCACAGGAAGAACGUGGCCGUUAGCCUUUGGUUCUGGCAUGGGACUAGGGAUGGCCUACUCCAACUGUCAGCAUGAUUUCCAGUCUCCAUAUCUUCUACAUGGAAAAUAUGUAAAAGAGCAGGAGCAGUGACUACACGGAGCAGAGAACACCCCUCGGGAGGAAGAGAACCGCGUUUAUUCCUCAGGAAUACUGAAGUGCCCCGGAGCGAGCUGACCUCCCUCUGUCACCAUGCUGUCGGCCAUGCUUUAACUCCAGCACACCAUUUGUGUAUUUGAAACCAAGUCUGUCUCUCGUUUUGUAUUUUCUCUCUGGAAAUUGUAAGGAGGUGGUCUUCAGAGAAAUAAAUUAAGCAAAAAUGGGA